AAAUACACCAAGUAAAGUGUCGAGGAAAGUAGUACCAGUCCUUCAAGAUGAUGGAAAUACUAAUUACUUUAGUGCCUUCCAUCUGCUGGAUCUUGUACCGAUGUUUCCAGAUCCUCAAGACUCCGGUAGAGGAAAUAAUCGAGGAUUUGAAUAUAGAAAUUCCUCACUCCCCCAAUCUUUGUAUCGACGCCAUUAGUGAGACCCUGAUAGUCAUCCAUUGGGAUAUCGAGAUCAAGUACGACGAGAACAUCUACUAUGUUUUGGUUAUCAACGGCAAGGAAGCAGCUACUAUCACUUCCACCUCUUGUAGAUUGAAUAACCUUUCACCAAAGCAGAUGUACCAACUCCAGAUUGUAGCCAUUAAUUCGUUGACCAACUUCAGAUCGCAGUCCAAGUCUGUUUUUGUUCAUACGAUUAACAAGAAGGACUCCAACGAUAUCACUAUUUCAAAUACCGAAAAGCUUUUGGCUGAAGAAACUCACAAGGAUGGUGAUGAAAAAAGACAUUUAGUAGACAUAGACAAUCUCAGUGUUGUAGAUAUUCACAAAAUCACAGAUCCGGACAUUCUCAACGACUACUUGCUUUGUUUCCAGAAGGAAUUGAUUAAAGUCAACCAGGAGUUCAAAAGCUACCUGGCAAAUAUCGUCAAGGAAAGCGAGGAGCUCAACAAAGAGUACCAGUUCUACAAGCAAGAGUACGAUGAGGAAACUGACACUAAACUUAAAAAGGACAGCGAUGUAAAAUCACUAGAAAAGUCUAAGGACAAACUAACGUUUAAAAAAUCGAAACUAGCUAACCAGCUAAAUGCAAUUAAAAGUUCUAUGGAAAUGUUUGACAGCAAAAUACUUAAUCUUACUAAUAAGAUCAAAAAGUUGGAAGAGAGAAACUCACUACUUCUUAAUAACGAAGAUUUGGAAAAACAAAAAAUUUACAAGGAAAUUAACGACAUCAACAGCGAGAUUGAUAACAUCAAAAAGGACAAUGAUAAUGUUGAAGAGUCGCUAAAGACGACUCAAGCUGAGAAGAAGGAACUUUCAGCCAUACUUCAACAUCUUAAACCUCUCAUUGACGCUUUCAAUACUCCACCUAUGCCACCUAAUGGCACAGCCGUAACGGCUCACGUCAAAGACAACGACAACAUCACAUCUCAUAACACGCCUUCUUCAUCUGUAUCGCCUUCACCUGUUCCACAAGCAACUUCCUCCAUUUUCAUGAAAGAUGGCUCUAUCAAUAAGAACAUCUAUGAUAUUUUAUACAAGAUAUUCGAGAUUGUUCCCUCGUGGCAGGACGACAUAUUGAAAGAAAUGAAUACAUACCAGGAGUUUGAGAACAGCUGGAAGGAAGCAUUUCAAACCGAAAUCAAGAGAUACGUCACGUUGCAUCAGACUUUACAAAUCGCGAAACAGAAUCUUGACGAGAACUAUCAGCCAGUCAAAUUGUCGGAGUACCAAGCUUCGAUAGAAUUUGGUGGCUUUGGAAAUGCUUUGGCGAAACAAAAAUUCUCAGGGAAGAGAAACUUCUCUCCUUCUAUAGAUGACAAUAUUGACGGCAAAAAUAGCACCCAAGCAAAUGUCAACUUCCAUAACCAUUAUGGGCAAGUUUAUUCACACGAAGCAGAAAAUCAAUCUGGUGACCACUUCCAUAAUAUUGACACCGUCAGUGCACAGCUUGAGCCUACUUUAGAUCAGCAGUUGUAUAGUGGAGUUCAAUCUCCAAUUAGCUCUACCCAACUUUUGCAUACAAACGAUUUUGAUCAGCAAAUGAUGACUUCGCCUACCUUGAUCAACUCGUUGAUGGAACAGCAACAGACUCAGCAGUCUCAGAUCAUCAAUAGCGCCAACACUAUGCAAGGUUUCCCUUACGAUGAUUCGGCUUAUCAACAAGGAAUCACUUCUCCUAUUCAGGAGAAUACUCAGCCUUUGAUGAACUACGACAGCAACUUCAACUCGUUAUUGUACAACUACAACUCUCCAGUAAUGAGCCAUGCCGCAUUAGGAACUACGCCAGUAUCUUCUGGAAUCAUUGGAGCUUCUACUGUGAGCAGUUUGAAUGCGGUUAAUUCCAACGAUAUCACCAAUGUCGACAAUAAUCAAGGGUUUUUGAUGACUCCUAGUUCCAGCAGUAAGUUAUGGAUGGACGUGAAUGAUUCUUUCAUUGGCGGCAACAAUAACAACGACAUUGCAGGAAAUUCAGCUAUUGGCAUGGGUCAUAACAGAAGUGUUUCCAACAACAGCCAGAUCUGGAGGAACGACAAUAGUGCCACUACACACAACUUCAACUUGGGAGGAGUGGGAGGAGACUUUCUGCCGUUUGGAACCAGCAUCCAUUUCCCUACAAAUCUCUCUAAUCCACCAGGCUCAGCACUCAGUCCCGGAGCUACGAAUGCUACCAAUGCUCUCUACAACGGUUUAGGUACAAAUGCCUACAAUUUUGGCCAGCCUUUACAGAGCUCUGUACAGCAGGGAGGGGAUGAGUUCUCGUACGACUUCGCCAACAACAGCCAAACUCAGUUUCCAGACGAAAGAAAGGAGUACAGCGAAGCCAUUUGAACACAAGGUACAUUUGUGGGGCCGACAGUCUAUGUAUACAGUGGGUCUAAGCGAGCUGGUACUGUAGAGUGAGAGAGGAACAGUGAGAAAGAGAAAAUCUCGGGUAUCGAAGGCUUCUGAAAAUUCAGUGCGCAAUAAAGACAGAACCACAGUGAAUUGAACUCAGGCGUACACUUAAUAAGCCAUGAGUGUGGAGCGAAGUCAGUGAAGAGUCGACGGAGAGGAAGGUGGGUGUUGAUAGUUUUUAAGUGUAUAUACAUAUUUAUUAAAAGUAAAUGCCC